AUGAUGAUUGGUAGUGCAAAUAAUGGAAGUGGGCCUUGUGGUGCCUGCAAGUUCCUUAGGAGAAAGUGUGUAAAAGGGUGCAUUUUUGCACCGUACUUUGAUCCUGAUCAAGGGACAGCUCACUUUGCAGCAGUGCAUAAAGUCUUUGGCGCUAGCAAUGCUUCUAAGCUUCUCUUGCGCAUACCUGCUCACAAGCGUGUUGAUGCUGUUGUUACUCUUUGUUAUGAGGCCUUGGCUAGGGUGAGAGACCCCGUUUAUGGUUGUGUCGGCCACAUCUUCGCUCUCCAACAACAGAGGCAUAUCUUGACGUUGGUCGAGGUAGUGAAUUUGCAAGCAGAGCUGGCCUGCAUUGAAGCCCACCUUUCAACAUUGCAGCAUCUCCCUCUAACUCAGCCACCACCUGAGUGUGUUCGAAGCCCCUCUCAAACAAGUCUGAAUUCAUGCUCAGAAGUACCAUCGUUCUCAAAACUAGCUUCGGAUUCUAACAUGUCAACGCAUUUUGAUCAGUUACAAGUACAACCGCAACAAACGUCAGCAGAAUUGACAGCUUUCUAUAAUCCACCUGAGCAGGAAGUUGACAAUGAGGAUCUCCAUGAAUUGGCACGAGAGUUUGUGUCUAGAUGCUUGCCAGGAGUCAGAUAUAAGCCUCCAAACUCCCCUCAGAAUCUCUAG